AUGACACUCCCUUGCAACACAUGCCGCAUGAGAUUCGAGUCAAGAGCACUCCUUACAGAGCACUAUCACUCUGAAUUACACCGCACAAACCUUGUUUUAAAGUCUCGUGGCCAAGAUCCAAUCACUGAAGAACAAUUCAUUGCUCUUCAGAAGAAGAAAGAGGAAGAAGCCGCUGCACUUGCACCACCACAACCAGAGAUGCCACCACAAGAUGAAGAAGAAGAUAAAGAAGAAUUCCACUACGAACUUUGCCGCGAUAUCCCAGACACAGAAUGUUUGUUCUGCGGCAAAGAGUUCGAAAAUGCCGACUUAUGCUUAGAGCAUAUGGCAUCUCACGGAUUUCGCUUCUGUUAUCCAGAUAAACUUGCUGAUAAGGCAGGUUUGCUUGCCUACCUUGGCGAAAAGAUCGGUGUUGGCCACUGCUGCCCAAGCUGCAGCAGACAGUUCCAGUCCCUUAAGUCUGUCCGCAAUCACAUGAAAGACAAGUGCCAUUGCAACUACGAGUAUGAUGAAGAAGUCGAAGAAUUCUACCAAGAGGAGAUGGGCAUCGUAUUAGCUCAGCCAGGUGUCGUAGAUUCCGUUGGAGAACUUCAUCUUCCAAAUGGAAAGAUUUAUGGUCAUCGCGCUUACGCAAGAUACUACAAGCAGAGACAACCAGAUACAGAGGCUUUUCAACGCUCUGCUCGUCGCGCUAUUGCUGGUCCUGAAAUGUCACGCGAAUCAGUCGAUAUUGCUAAGGAUAGAGUUAUGCGUAUUAGAGAAUACUACAAGCAGAAGUACAUAAACAAGAAGAUGAUGAGACUUACAACUAAGGAUUACCAUCCAUUCUCUGAUAUGCGUAGAGGUAACGCCGUUUGA